UCCCGACAAACAAACUCAAGGCCAUCCCUUUCUCGCGAAGCAUCUUUUGAGGAGCAACAACUCCAGCGGGAACUGGAUGCCUCUAGGGAAAGGGAAACGGACCUGUCAGAACAACUGCGUUUCGCAGAGGAAGAAGUCAGAAAAAUGAAACGGCGUGUUAAAGAAUCACAAGUUGAGAAUGAAUUGCUUUCGAAGAAGCUGGAGCGACUUUACACUACUCAG